GCCGCGGAGGAGGCGACGUCAUGGAUUCCUGAGUGUGAAGUUUGCAGGAAAGCCCUUAGUUUUGGAGAUGGACGGGAUCCAGUGGUUUCCAUGGCGCUGGAUAAACAGGAGGAAACAGUGAGGGAAUCCCGUUAUUUUACUGCAUUGAAAGCCUAUAAACACGGAGCGCGGGGAAGGAAGUCGCGUUCCCUCUCGAGUAAGCCGGAGCGCCGAGCCGCGCCGACUCCGCCGCGCCGGGAGCCGGGAGCCUGGAGGCGGGAGGCGCGCAGCUCCCGGGCCGCUCGCAGGCUCCUCGGCCAGGGCAGCCCCGCGAGCAUGCUUUAGAGAGGACGGCGCCCCCUUGGCUCCUGGUCUACCCAGACAGACCCCUCUCACCCCGCGCGCCGAAACCCCAUCCCCUCCAGAUGCAGAGAGAGGCUGCGUUCAGACUGGGGCACUGCCAUCCCCUCCGCAUCAUGGGGUCUGUGGACCAAGAAGAACCGAAUGCACAUAAGGUCGCCAGCCCACCCUCCGGACUCGCAUACCCCGAUGAUGUCCUGGACUAUGGCCUCAAGCCAUACAGCCCCCUAGCCAGUCUCUCUGGCGAGCCCUCCCGCCGGUUGGGAGAGCCGGAUAGGGUAGGGCCCCAGAACUUUCUGUGCCCUGCCAAGCCAGCGGGGGCCUCGGGCCUGAGCCCUCGGAUCGAGAUCACUCCAUCCCACGAACUGAUGCAGGCAGGGGGGCCCUUCCGCGUGAGAGACACUGGCCUCCUGGUCGAGCAGCCGCCCCUGCCGGGGGUGGCCGCCAGCCCGAGGUUCACGCUGCCCGUGCCCGGCUUCGAGGGCUACCGCGAGCCGCUUUGCUUGAGCCCCGCUAGCAGCGGCUCCUCUGCCAGCUUCAUUUCCGACACCUUCUCCCCCUACACCUCGCCCUGCGUCUCGCCCAAUAACGGCGGGCCCGACGACCUGUGUCCCCAGUUUCAAAACAUCCCUGCUCAUUAUUCCCCCAGAACCUCGCCAAUAAUGUCACCUCGAACCGGCCUCGCUGAGGACAGCUGCCUGGGCCGCCACUCGCCCGUGCCCCGUCCGGCCUCCCGCUCCUCGUCGCCUGGUACCAAGCGGAGGCAUUCGUGCACUGGGGCCUUGGUUGCCCCGCUGCCCGGAGCCUCACCCCAGCGCUCGCGGAGCCCCUCGCCGCAGCCCCGGGACGACGGCGCCCCUGCCGGGUACCCCCCCACGGCUGGCUCUGCCGUCCUCAUGGAUGCCCUGAACAGCCUCGCUGCCGACUCGCCCUGUGGGAUCCCCUCCAAGAUGUGGAAGACCAGCCCCGACCCGUCGCCGGUGUCCACCGCCCCGUCCAAGGCUGGCCUGCCCCGCCACAUCUACCCAGCCGUGGAGUUCCUGGGGCCCUGCGAGCAGGAGGAGAGGAGGAACUCAGCCCCCGAGUCUAUCUUGCUGGUGCCACCAACUUGGCCCAAGCAGCUGGUGCCCGCCAUUCCCAUCUGCAGCAUCCCAGUGACUGCAUCCCUCCCACCACUUGAGUGGCCACUCUCGCACCAGUCAGGCUCCUAUGAGCUGAGGAUCGAGGUGCAGCCCAAGCCACAUCACCGAGCUCACUACGAGACGGAAGGCAGCCGAGGGGCUGUCAAAGCUCCGACCGGAGGCCACCCCGUGGUUCAGCUCCAUGGCUACAUGGAAAACAAGCCGCUGGGGCUUCAGAUCUUCAUUGGGACGGCCGACGAGCGGAUCCUUAAGCCCCACGCCUUCUACCAGGUACACCGGAUCACGGGGAAAACCGUCACCACCACCAGCUACGAGAAGAUCGUGGGCAACACCAAAGUCCUGGAGAUUCCGCUGGAGCCAAAAAACAACAUGAGGGCAACCAUUGACUGUGCGGGGAUCCUGAAGCUUCGGAACGCGGACAUUGAGCUGCGGAAAGGCGAGACGGACAUCGGGAGGAAGAACACGCGGGUGAGGCUGGUGUUCCGGGUGCACAUUCCAGAGUCCAGCGGAAGGAUCGUCUCCUUGCAGACAGCAUCUAACCCCAUCGAGUGCUCCCAGCGAUCCGCCCAUGAGCUGCCCAUGGUGGAAAGACAAGACAUCGACAGCUGCCUGGUCUACGGGGGCCAGCAGAUGAUUCUCACGGGACAGAACUUCACGGCCGAGUCCAAAGUCGUGUUUACCGAGAAGACCACAGAUGGGCAGCAGAUUUGGGAGAUGGAGGCCACGGUGGAUAAAGACAAGAGCCAGCCUAACAUGCUUUUUGUUGAGAUCCCUGAGUAUCGGAACAAGCACAUUCGGACAUCGGUGAAGGUGAACUUCUACGUCAUUAACGGGAAAAGAAAACGAAGUCAGCCUCAGCACUUUACCUACCACCCAGUCCCUGCCAUCAAGACGGAGCCCACCGAUGAAUACGACCCCACCUUGAUCUGCAGCCCUGCCCACGGGGGCCUGGGGAGCCAGCCUUACUACCCACAGCACCCAAUGGUGGCCGAGUCCCCCUCCUGCCUCGUGGCCACCAUGGCUCCCUGCCAGCAGUUCCGCUCAGGGCUCUCAUCCCCCGACGCCCGCUACCAGCAGCAGAGCCCAGCGGCUGUCCUCUACCAGCGGAGCAAGAGCCUGAGCCCCAGCCUGCUGGGCUACCAGCAGCCGGCCCUCAUGGCCGCCCCGCUGUCCCUCGCGGAUGCCCACUGCUCCGUGCUGGUGCACGCUGGCUCCCAGGGCCAGAGCUCGGCCCUGCUCCACUCCAGUCCGGCCAACCAGCAGGCCUCAGCGGUGAUCCACUGCUCGCCCACCAACCAGCAGCUGCGCUGCGGAAGCCACCAGGAGUUCCAGCACAUCGUGUACUGCGAGAACUUCGCGCCCGGCACCACCAGGCCCGGCCCACCCCCUGCCAGUCAAGGUCAGAGGCUGAGCCCGGGCUCCUACCCCACGGUCAUUCAGCAGCAGAAUGCCACAAGCCAAAGAGCCGCCAAAAACGGACCUCCGGUCGGUGACCAAAAGGAAGUACUACCCGCGGGCGUGACAAUUAAACAGGAGCAGAACUUGGACCAGACCUACUUGGAUGACGUUAAUGAAAUUAUCAGAAAGGAGUUUUCAGGACCUCCUGCCCGAAAUCAGACGUAGAAGAAGCCAUUAGCAAGACACCAUCCACAUUGCUAACGCCGGAGCCUCCCACCGUCCUCCCCGGUACCCCCAUUCCGGAGCUCGCCUCCUCUCUCUGUGCGUUCUGAGUCUUGUUCUAAAUCCCAAAGAGCAUCUCGGUUGACUUUCAGGUGUCCCAUCCCAACCUUAAGUGCCUGCUGACCCCAAAUACAUCCUGAACCAGACCACCCGCUGGAAUGCGCCUGAGGGCUGAGAGCCUGCAGCCGGGGACUCGGGGGACAGAAGAUGGGGAUGCAGUUAAACCCCAGCCCUUGCCUUCACUUUUUUGGGUCACAGAUACAGCUCUUGUACCUUUGGAAGGAAAGGAGCUCUCCAACAGAGCAACCAAAGGAACGUGACCCAGCUUACAGGCUGAAGAGAAACAAAGCCGGCCCAUCUUCCCUAGGGAUUGCCCGUCCACACCAGGGAUGGGCCACAGCUCAAGCUCGAUUUUUAAAUGUUCUGCUUCUGAAUCAAAAACAGUCUGGCUCAUACAAGAUCACCUGUUAAAGCUUCUCGGCAUUAUGACAUGUGUACACUUUUUUUUCUUCUCCGCUUUCAACAAGCUGGCGGGCGGGGGCGGGGGGGGGGCCUCUUGGCUAGCUGCCCUUCCCCCCCGCAGCACGCGGUCACGGACUAGAGGAGGUCACCCAGGCGAGCACGCAUCCGCUGCAGCCGGACAAGCUUCGCGGCUUUUUGAUGUUCCCGCUUUCUUUCCUCUAACAGCCCAAGUGCUUUUCCAGAAAGUAGUUAAGAAGAAUCUCAAGCAUGUGCAUUGAAUUUUGAGAAGGAACGGCAGACGGGCUAAAGCAACCAAAAUAAAAAAGAAGAAAAAAGUGCAGGUAUUUUUGUUAAGUAAAACGGUUGCAAAGUAGGGCAGCUGGCAGGCCUAAGUGCUUUGGUGGGUGGGCGCCCCCAUGAUAAGAGGAAAAAGGCUGAAUUCCCUCUCUGGCCUAGACUCAAAGUGGGAUACUCAAGCUCACGAUUUGGCCCCAAAGUUCAUUGGUUAUUUUUAACUGAACCCAUUGAAACCCUCCCCCCGCCCCAAAAACGCCUCUGCAUUAGCUGCUUCAUCCAGCACAAACGUGAUCUGAAUAGAAGCAGAUCCUCUCCCACACAGCCCUUAGUUUGAAUGCGCUCAUAUGGAGGGUGCAGCUUAGCCCUGAGUGUUUCUCUCCUCUGAGUGCACCCACGGUCCGCCAAAGCCUUCCUCCUUGGGGGCAAUUUUUGCAAACGAAUAACACCCUCCACGUUCUUGGCCGGUGAGCUUUUAAUCGCACAGAUAUGUUUGUUUACAUUCAUUGCAGACACCCCAGGACAAACUGGGGAUUCCUUUUCAGCCAUUUAAUUGCUUCCCUGUAAUCAAACACAGAGUGUAAAUAAAUAUUCCUGGCACUCUUCAAAAGGCUGUACUCAGGCCUUCUGCCUAGCAGAGUUGACUGAAAAAAUCACCCUACGAAGAGGAUCGUGGCAGUUAAGGGCCCACUGUGGGUUUUCUAAGUCCUGGCUGUGUCAUCAAAACCUUUCUGAGAGCUGGGCCAGGAACUCCGGACCUGUGACCCCGGCCUGGUGUGUUUGGGGCUCCAGAGAGGGGACAGAAUGCAGCACAUGUCUGUACCCUUUUGGUCAGGACCUAGCAUUUCUUCCCUCCCAAUCCCCCCCCCACCCCCCGCCAAGGACAGGGGACUUUUCCACCCACCCCAAGCAGAGUUUAGCAAAAUUCUUUUCAACAAACAGAAUGCCAGUAAGAAGUUGACCGCCAUCGCAAAGCUUCUGGGAUGCAAAAUUCUUCCUCAUUAAUAAAGAGUUCCUUAUGCAAGCAGCUUUACCUAAAGAACUGUCUCUCCAGCAAUAUUGACUUCACGGGGGAAGGGUUCAAGCGUUUGGUGAGCGAUUUGUUCUCACUUGACCUGGCUGGGAGCCAUUUUUUGCACAUGAGGGAAUUUGGCCUUUCCUCAGUUAUCUGAAUGUUUUACCCAAGUGCCUUCCUGCUAUUGUAGCAGUCGCUCAGCUGCAUUGUGCAUGGGGUGAAAAAGGACUAAUGCGUUUUCCAUCACUAUUCUAACCAUGUUAGUGCAAAGGGCCUCCUAGUAGUUCACAUUCCUGUAUGUAUAGAUGUACGUGUGUGUGUGUGUAUAAGACACUCACAAACUCUUUUUCUAAGACAUCCUAGCUGGGUAUUAUAGGAAGCACUUUCAUAAACUAUACCAAAUAGCAAAGGAAAGAAACAAAAGCAUUAGUUUUGAGACAUAAACAGGCAAGAGAAUGUGUAGUAAGACUCGACAGCAGUCAAGAAAGUUUUGUCAGAUACAGAUGCCAGGAGGAAGUUUUGCCAAGAGUAAACUGCUCAUGAAAUAUUUUCAGUAUGGGAAGAGGCAAUAGGUCCUCGAAGAGAAAGAAAAAGGAUGUCUAAACUGUCAAGAUGGGUGUGUUGCACGUGUGUUAGAAGGAUCUGUUAGGUGGAGGUUUGUACUUGCUACAACCAAGGUAAUGUAAAUAUAUAGCACUUCCAACAGCAAUCUGCCCUGUUGCUGAAUGUAGUAUAUUUCCAAAGUUUGAGUCUUCCUGUAUUGUACAAAAAUACUGCUGCUUGAUAAUAUAUAAUAGCAACCCAAAUUAAUGAGUAUGGUAUUAAAUUUUAUUUUCUUAUCUGUAUUUUUAUGCUUUUUAUCUGUCCCCAAGAUAUCGCAUCCUUGUUGGAAUUAGAAAAUAUUUAUAAGUGGUCAGAAAUCUUUUUCAAGUGUCUCUUUUUACGUAUACAGUGAGGAUUUUUUUUCCCUAAGCGAAAGGAUGUAUUCUUGAAGAUUUGUUAAUCGUUCCAGGAAAAAAAAAAAAAAAACAACAAACCCAAAACAAAAGCCCACCUCAGAGCCUGUUAGUCACCUGUCUGCUAGAAGAAACCAUCUCCAGAGAAAGGAGGGGGAAUGGCUCCGUGGAAGAAGGAAGCACCUGUUUGUUGCUUGAGGACACUGCUGACUUCAGCUCUGAGCCUCCAUCUUGUCACUGAGAACUGGAAGGUGUUUAGAUCCCUCCAAUAAGGGACCUAGUAGGUGAUUUUGAUGUGACAAAACUGCCUGUGUUGUAAUGGGGAGUCUCAAAAAGACACAGGAGUAAUGGGGAGUUCCUAGAACAGAAGUGCAGGCUAAUGUUUACAGAGCUAACUGAAUCCUGGUAGAUAACCCCCCGUACACAUUACCCAAAGGACAUCCAGAGUUUUCCAGCAAAGACACAGACUAGACGAAUCAAGUCGAUUCUUUCUAAGAACUGGGAAGCACUGAUGUAGCCCUUCUUGUUUACAUCCAGUGGCCAAGCCAUCCCUCUCAGGAAGCCAGCCUUGGCCAGUGCGGGAGCUGUCAUGUGUAGACAGAUCGGAAGCUGAUGUGUUCUCAUUUCUCACUCUGGACUAAAGGGGAGGCUUGAGUUUAUUUUCACGUCAAACCCUUUCCAAGACCUUCUUAUUUGUUCAGAAUUGAAAGGAUGUCAGGGGUCUGGUUAACAGCUUUGUUUGCUUUACGUUUACAAGUGGCACAGGGCUUGUGACAUUCUUGACGAGUCGGGGUAAACCUUCCUGAACUCACGUUUGAGGGCCAGGCCCUUAGCAGCUACCCAACAUAUCUUAACCUUGGAUCUCCCAAGCUUGGGUCUCGGGCAUUCAGUCUCAUGGAGCCAAAGCAGCCAAUGCAAGUGGUUUUCCUGCAUUCCAACUAAAUGCUUAUGAAAGAGCAGCAUCACAUGAAACUGAUCACAAACAUCAAUUUCUCUCAGCUUUCAUGAGUGCCUUGAGUUAUAGCCAACAUCACUGUCUUAACUCAGUUUGUUUAGAAACAAACAUUUCUGGUGAUUGUUGAGCUAGCGGUGGCUCCCUAAGCCAGCCCUUCUGAAAGUGAACUGGCGUGUUGGGUGCUGGAGGAAAGGUUUAACACCCUGCCUUUAUGCAGCUGUUGGCCAGUUAGAAUCAACUCCACCUGCCUAGUUCAGGCUUUGGAUGCAAAUGAUGCUGUUCUAUUAGCAGGUGCUUUCAGCACUCUGGCCCGAACGGAUGGAUGCUGUGGUUGGGACAAGCUUAGCAUCCUGACACACCUUGUCAAAGAACCUCACUCACCCCUGUUGCCUCUACAGCCCUCAGAGGGGAGAAAACGUUGAGAAUGUCCUCGCUAAUUCUCCAACAAAUAGAAGUCUCUCCCACGGGGUGGUACUGGAAGGCUUAGGUUUUGAAAAUCUUGACUGUUAAAAGGAGUCUGAAUACAUCACAUUCCUAUGCAAAACGUUUUUAACCUUCAGUUUAAUGUAGUUUAUUUUUGCUAUAUGUAAAGUAUUUUUAUACGGCUUGUAUCAUGAUAGUUUAGCAAUAAAACAG